CUCAUUCUCUCUUUGUCUACGAGGCAGCUGCAGAAUCUGCUUCACAUUUGAAUGUAUAGGGGAUUGGAAGGGACCAUUUCCAUGGGCCAUCUGUCUCACAGGCUGCAGCACUAACAAAAGGAUCCCAGGAUGGUUUUAGUGCAUGUUGGAUAUCUGGUUCUUCCUGUUUUUGGCUCAGUAAGAAAUAGAGGGGCCCAUUUCAACAGGCAUCAGCACAGCCAUGCUACCUCCUGCCGGCACCUCCACCUGGGCCCCCAGGCCCAGAUGUCACCUGACUUCCCCCUCCCCCACCCGGGCCAGCCCCAGCCCGGCAUGACCGCCCACCUGCCCCCCGCACACCAGCAUGCCACGCAGCUCCAUCAGCCCCUCGCACCCCUGCCCACCCCGCAGUUCCAGGAUGUCCCAGGACCCCCUUUCCUACCUCAGGCCUUACACCAGCAAUACCUCAUCCAGCAGCAGCUCCUGGAGGCCCAACACCGGCGGAUUCUUCCACACUCCAGUAUACUCCUUCUGCACAGACGCACUCAAGAGCGAGUCCCCCUGCAUCCUCACCGGCUGCGCUCGGGCUACGACUACGCCCCCUCCAUGCACGUCCCUCAACCAAUGACACAGCAGCCCCGCUACCUGGCGGAAGGCACUGAUUGGGAUCUCAGCGUGGAUGCGGGCCUGUCUCAUCAUCAGUAUCAAGUCCAGCAGCUCCCUCAGCACUAUCAGCAUUACCUGGCAUCUCCCAGAAUGCACCACUUUCCCAGAAACACCUCGUCAGCACAAGUGGUUGUCCACGAGAUCAGAAACUACCCAUAUCCUCAGCUGCACCUCCUGGCACUGCAGGGCCUAAGUCCUUCACGCCAUGCGUCUGCUGUUAGAGAGAGCUAUGAGGAGCUGCUGCAGUUGGAGGACAGGCUAGGAAGCGUGAACCGAGGAGCCGUUCAGACCACCAUUGAGAGGUUCACCUUCCCUCACAAGUACAAGAAGAGAAGACCCCAGGAGCUGAAAAUAGCCAUGGAUGAGGAAGAGUCGGACAUGGAUGAGAAAUGCACAAUCUGUCUGUCCAUGCUGGAGGACGGAGAGGAUGUCAGGAGGUUACCAUGCAUGCACCUCUUCCACCAGGCAUGUGUAGACCAAUGGCUUGCCACCAGCAGGAAGUGUCCCAUCUGCAGGGUGGACAUUGAGACCCAGCUGACGCCUGACAGCUGAGGUCUCCUCUGUCGUAGAUCCUGGCUCUGUCCUUCCUCCCCCACUCCUCAGGCAUGUUGCCAAAUGUUUCUAGUCUUCAUUACUUCUGACCCUGCCUUCUGAGCCAACCCAAGACAACUGCAGUAGGGUGGGGGGAAAGCACACUUGUCGAAAUUGAAACAAAAAAUGUAAAAAAGAAGGCUUUUUGAUUGAAAAGGGAAAUGGGACAUAUAUUCUGAUACUGUUAUGGGGAGGGGGGGGGGGCAUAGUGUUUUGAGGAAACUGGUUUAAACUCCCCCCGAAUAGGGUGAGUAGCACAUCUUUUCUUAAAGCCAUUUCAUGAUGAAGGUACUAAGCAAAAACAGGAAUCCACAUCAUGCAGUCCGAAGUCUGAUAAGGAUUUGCACUUACACCUCCCCCCUCCCAUGACACCUCCUGUCAGAACUAAAAAAAAAAAGGCUGGCCGCCACCUUUGCCUACAGAGCAUUCGUAGCUAUAGUGUUGUGAAAAAAAUGGUUUUGCAUUUCGAAGCUUCAGUUUUAUGGACAUGGGGAGGGGGGUUACGCUGGGUUCUCAAAUUCCAUACAGUUACUACUUACUGCAAUAUUGUAUUAGCUUAAGCCUGAUGGUGUUGUGGGAUAUACACCAUGUUCUCGUGAGCACAGGUAUUUUUACACAAGGACUACUUCAGCGCAGUAGUGUUGGAUGGCAGAAACUCAGGACGGGAGUGAAAGUGAAUGCCAAAUCACCGAAGAAGGAAGAAGCGAUGUGUCUGAUGUUGAGCUGAGAACGUGAUCGGGGUGAGGGCUUUGGAGUAGUUUAUGGUGUGUCAGAGUGCUUACUAGUGCUUACCAGUGAGUGAGUACAAAAAGCCAAAUACAUACAAAAAAAAUGAACCAGACAAACACUGGCCUUGACCCCCCUGUUGCACACAGUGCUGAGGGAAAAGGGAUUUCUUGGAGACCACAUGUACACAUUAGUGGCGACGGAAGGGCAGUCGUCCGGGCGACGUAAAUUUGCUGCGUUCCCUUUUAGCGCCUCUGCGUUGUGGAGCAGUGCCCUCAAAUGCAUGUUUCGAUGUUGGCUUGGGCUGUUUCGUUCGCGUGAAAUGAAGAGGGGUUGUCUGUGCAUGACUUAGUUAUCCGAGCAACGUGACUUUCUUUCUCAAAGUAACAAAUCAACAAAACCUUUUUUUAAAAAAAAAACAAGCACGAUGUAAAUGGCUAUCACUGACAUGAAGUAGCGUGUCUUCAUCUUGUCAUUUCAGUGACCACUGGUGGAACCCUCUUGUGAUGUAUACCUUAUUGCCUAAAGAACAAGCACAUGUGAUAGAUAUAGCAACAACCUCUUUUCUUCUUUUCCUUUCUGUUGGUUUCAAUAGGUAUGAAAAAAAAAACAUCCAGUGUUUCGAGAGAAUGAUGAGCUAGUGUGUAACUUGUGUCUUGGUGUAUCAGAUCUCCCCCGUGGUUGCUAUGCUGUAUUGCUAGAAAAACAAUGUAGAAUGUUCUGUGACGGAAGCAGUCCUCUCUUUAUAUCGCGCACAGACAGUAGAGCGGUGUGGGCGCAGGUCACUUAAAGAGACACGAUUGGGAACAAAGAAGCCAUCUGUUUGAGAAAACCAAACAAUGUCUCUCAUCUGUGUCUGUUGCAUUUAGCUAUGAGAUUGUUAAUGUAUCUGUCGGUCAUCUUGUAUGUAUUGUUCCCUGUCUGUCUGUCUGUCUGUCUGUCUGUCUGUUAUGUCAAACUGGACAUGAAGUUGGUGAAGCAGCUCCAUGUUCACUUUAAACCAAUCUGAAGAAAUAGCUGUGAUGACGCUGCUAUUCUAUUUAUCACUGAUUUUUGAGUGUGCUUUUUGUGUAACUGCACUAUAGUCUUAAUUUGCCUCUAUAUGAUUUUGUAAGGGUAUUUGUGACUCUGCUAAUGCAUCUGCGCCCAGUAGCUUUUAUUGCAGUUCAUUCCAGGGCAACCUUGGAUGGAAAUAUUGUCUUUGACCCUCUGUCCCUGUUGGAGAUCUUCUCAAAGCAAACAGCACAGUAAAGCCAUGCUCGAUCAUGAUUAACUUAUUAGGAGGAAUGUAGCAUUUGUUUAGCCUCCUUUUAGACCAGAAAUAUCAAACCUGUAAGGUCCCCUGUACUAUCCUUAUUACACCAGAUUACACAUAGAAUGCUUUCGUAUGAUGCUGCCAGAAAACAAGCAAACAGACAAAAAAAAUAUUUGCAAAAAUUCUUAAGGCAAUGGGAACUUUGCCUUGUAAUUGCACUAAAACAGGGCAUGGCUCUGUCGUCCAUCAUUUUCAAAGUGAUUUUCUGUAGCUGAUACUGCUGUUACAUAAAAAUUAUUAUCUGGGAAGAAAAGAACAAUUAUUUUUGAGAGAGAUUCUGAAAGAGAAAUUUCAGGUGUCAUACGUGUGACUUGCAUGGUAGAGAUGCUGAUUUCUUUGGGAUUCUCCCAUACUGGUAUGGAAACUUUAUACAUAGGUAGCGUGCAAUGUUCCAAACCCACCAGCUUUUCAUGACCUACAAACACCACUACAGUCGCGUCCGAUGAUAUAAAGAGAAAAUGACCUGCCUCCUCCUUCGUGGAGUUUUCUAUGGGAAUUUUUGAUAGUUUACACAGGGUGUUGUGAGUUGAAAUGCCUUAAGUAUUUAACAAUCAUAAUUUAUUACUAACUGUAGAUAUUGUGGGUACGUAUUUAAUUUUUUAAUAGUUUUUCUUUUGCAAUUUGAAUCAUAAUUUAUUUAUUUAGAAAUAACACAAAAAUGAUUAAAAAACUAUUACCUCAUUUUGCAUUGUUAUAUGGGAAUGCUUCGCAUGCAGUUGUAUUUUUUAGAAAACUGACAUAAACACAAACACACAAAAAAAGCAAAAAAAGUCAUGUUUUAAUUUACCAGAUCUGGGUUGUGUGAUGAAAAGUGUAUUUAUGUGGUGCUGUCUAUCUUGGUUACAUUCCAUUAAAUGCAAUUUCUAUGAUCCCCUAUGCUGUGAACUAGUGGACAACCUGCAAUAGAGUGGAAAUGGUUUUAGUACGUGUUAUUUCCUGUUUUGCACUCUUAGUUCAUCAUGGCUACCCUCUCACUGGCAUAUUGCGAUGAUUAUAAAAUGUGCUCUGUAUCCACAUCCAUUUUCCACCUCUGCUCUUUCUACAACCCACUCUUUCCUUUUUUGACCCACAUUAUUAUUUUGCAACCUCUUGUGCUCCAUUAUAGAAUUAACCAUAUUAAACGUGACCAUCCCUUAAGUGCCUCAACUUCAGUGGCAAGAGGAUUUUCAUGGUGGACCAUACUGACUUCUCUCGUCAAGCUUGUUUAGUCCUGAUUUGAAAAGGACAGUAGUUAUAUUGGCAAACUAUUUCCCAGCAAUGAGAUUUUCUUCUGCAAAGUUUAUUAAUUUAGCAAACUAAAUUAACAAUAUUAGGCACAAAUUCUUAGUUGUACUGUGCUCACUUGCAAAUUUAUUUUCAAUCCACUGCAGUCUAGUCACUUUUAUUGUAUGUAUGCCAUUCUCCAUUUUAAUCUACCAUAGCGAUGCCCCAACAGGUACCCCGAAAAGCUAGCAGUUAUUCUGGGCUAAUGUAAGUAAUGGUAAAACUAUUUACUGGUGUCUACAGUUUUAUUAUCUCAUCUUUUUUUCCAAAAGCCCCACCCGCACUCCUUUCUAGAUUCCUUUAUUUUGUUUAUCUGUAUUUUAAAAAAAUAUUUUCUCCUGUAGAUGUAUUCAUAAUGCUGCUUCCUUCUGUGACAAAUUGGAGCUCAUUUCUUGCCACUAAGUCAUUAUGACCUAUUUCCUACAGUCUGUGAGGCUGUGGAUGCCAGGUGUGCCCUCAAGCCAAAGAGAGGCUCCAUUGCUGGGGGACAUGAUAUGUGCUGGGCAUUUACCCAGAAACUAUGGCUCCCUCAGGCUCCUGUAUCACUUGCUUGACACGUGCAUCCACCUCGGUCAAGCCGGGAAAGCUUUCUUUCACAUGCGGUCUCUGCUUGCUGUAUGUAAACCAAAACCUAUUCAAAUCAAUUAAGAAGAAGCACGUAUUGACUACUGUGUCAAUCAAAACCUGAAUUGGAAACUCAUCACAAACUGAGAGCGUCAAAAACAGCAAUGCAUGUAAUCAAAAGAGACCAAGCUUAUGGGGUUCAUCCUUCAGGCUGUGUUAUUGGUAUCGCCUCCUCUGCACAAGACACCCCCCCUCUCUCUCCUUCUCUGUUUCUGUCUCUCUGACUCACACCCUCCACCUCAAGCUCUGCAUCCUCCCUUGCUCUAGAAACCGCCAGAUUGUUUGCCAUAGUAUUAUCUCAUUGUGGAAAACCAGGACAAAACAGUAUAUCUUAAAGCACAACCUAUAUAAAUGCAUGUCUUUCUCAGGUUUAAAUAUAUACACGAUAAUGUAUAAAUAUAAGAUUUUUUUUGUUAAAUUGCAAAUAUACAAAGAAUAUUACAGAUGAUUAUUUGCUGCUGCUUGCUUUUAAAAAACAAAUGAAUUGAUGCCAGUGAAAGGGAGGCCCUCAUUCUUUUCCCCUUUGUACGAGAAACUGCUGUUUUGCUGUAUUGCGCAAUGUUUUACAAUAUAGGAUAUUUUAUAGGAAAAAUAGAAAUAUUUAUCAUUAAUAUUAAAGCAAUAGUGCAUUAAUGGAUUAUGAUAAUGAUGAUGCU